AUGAUUCCAGCCGCACGUUUUUUAAGAUUUAUCAAGGACAUUGGACCUGAUCAACAACUUCCUUGCUUAAAGAAAAUUACAAUCGACGUUUUUGCCGCUGAACAUGCAGCCAUUACAGGAGUCUUUGGUUCUGCCGUCAGAAUCCAAUGGUGUCUUUUCCAUGUCAGCAGAGCCUGGAUGGAUCAAAUCCGCAAGAAAGUCAAGUUAGGAAGCGUCUCUGCCAACAAUGCUGCCCAUAAAAGCAUGAUAGCAGCUCUUAAGAGUUUGAUGUGGGAAAGUUCAGCGCAAAUGUUUACCCAGAAGCUGCUACAUUUCCAACAGGAGUUUUCAUCUGCCGCUUACAAACUACAAAUUUUUAACAAUAUGGAAACGAGCAACUAUAUUGAAAGUUGGUAUAACCAAUUGAAGACAAAUUAUUCACAAAGAAAGAGAAAUAGAAGACUGGAUCGCUUAAUCUUUAUCUUAGUUGAUGAUGUCCAUACCGAUUUUAUGCACAAUGCUGCAAAAAUGGCCGUCAACGUCGGACGUAUGAGCUCAGAGACUAGAGAGGCAAGAAAGAGAAUGAUUGCAGCAAAAUAG